AUGCCCUCCAUCACAACCCCUACAUCACAGUUUGAAGGCAUUAACAACUAUCAAUCGGCACCUCCGUUGCGGCAUCUUCCAAUCCCGCCCGAGCACAGUCUGCAGUGCAACACGAACACUACUAGCAAUAAUAACGGGACUGUGGUAAACUCUGCCCUAACCUAUAGUCCGAAUGCUACGCAUAACUCGUAUUUCGCCGCGAUUCCCAGUCCGAAUUACCAAGCGCCUUCGCCAGUCAACAGUUACCACAAUCAAAACCUUGAUCCGAUUCCUUUACCGGCCUCGAAUACAACUCAGACUCAAACAUCGAGUAAGAAUGCAAUCCAAACAGCGACGGCUGAGAAGAAGAGGUGGAACACAGCAGAUUUUCGUUGGAUGUUCACGAAAAGAAAUGGUUCCAUAGGUAACGUGAAUUCAAAACCCGCCAAAGCAAGCGAACCAACGGAAACUAAAGAGGAUCCAGACAGCCACAAACGGCGUUUUACCUUCACGCAGAAGCAAUUGGUCGAACUUGAGAAAGAGUUCCACUUUAACAAAUAUCUGACUAGGGCACGGAGGCUGGAAAUUUCCAACGAUCUUAAGUUAACUGAAAAUCAGAUUAAGAUUUGGUUUCAGAACCGACGCAUGAAAUGGAAGCGUGGCAUGAAAGAGAGCAUUCAGAAGACGAAGACGGGAAAAUAUCACAAACAAAUCACGGCAAACUUACAGGACUCCAUCGUUAUGAAACGUCACGUUUCUAAUGACAUUGCUAUGUUCCAACAGCACUCGAACUGUCGCUCAAAUUUCAUGCCUUAUUGAGUCGAGAUCAAACGAUAAAUUGAAUUGACUUGCAUGUACAUUCCUAUCUCCUAUUAUAAUUUAAAUUGUCUGCCUUCGGCUGAAAACGCUGUUUAUGGUCCAAUUUAAAUUCAACUUUAUAUCGGUUGAAAAUUAAGGUUUUAUGGAAGGUUAUUGCACUGAGGAUCGAGAUGUCACUGUUUCAUCUGGAUCAAUCAUGAACAUGGGUUAUAACCCUCAAAAUCCUCCAAUAUGAUUUCUAAC